AUGUCUCUCCCAACUCUUCUUCCACCCCCCGAGGCGCCCAAUAAAACUCUUCUCCCCUCUCCUUUGUCUCUCACCAUGGCCAUGAAGAGGAAACUGGAAGCCGACUCCAACGAAUCUUCUCCAGUUACGAAACAACUGAAACUCGUCCCUUUCCCCAACAUGGAGCCCGACAUGGAUGUCGCUAUGUCAGACGCCGAACCAUUAUACCCUGACAUCAUCCACAGUCGCCUUCACUCAAACGCCAGCUCCUUGUCGAACGCGUCCGACUCGCCCACAUCCGACUCUUCGGCGUACCCAACCUUUGACCUAUAUCCUAUGCCCUUUUUCAGACAUGAUGGCUCAGUUGAUCCCGACUCUCACAACUAUUCUCACUACUCCCGUCAGUCGUCGCCCAACUCUCAGGUCGGACUGCUUCAGCCUACCAGUGCGUUCGCUCAUCAUGGAACCAACUGCACCCAAAUCCCUAAAUUGCGCAUCGCUUGCGCGACAACUGUCAACGGUCAGCGCUCUAUGUGGAGCCAUUGCGAGCAAUGCGGCGCAAUUUCCAUGGUAGAAAGUGACUAA